AUGAGCUCUCGAGGGCUUUCUAAAAAGGAGUUGGAGGAGCUUAAAAAGAAAGAAGAAGAAGAGGCGGCCGCUCAUGUAUUCAAGGAGUUUGUGGAAACAUUUCAAGAGGUUCCAAGUACCACAAGUAAAGUCUGGGUGAAAGCAGGCACAUACGAUGCGGGCGCAAGAAAGGAAGAUACCUCCGAGAGAGGCAAAUUGUACAAGCCAGUAUCUCGCUUAGAUGAAAAACGGAGUAUCCCAGAAAUUGACCCAGUCCGCACUCUAGUACAGAGGCCUGAGCCUCCAGGCCGGCCUCAUGCCAAGAAGAAAGGACAGGACAAGAAGAAAAGUAACCUAGAGUUGUUCAAAGAGGAAUUGAGACAGAUACAAGAAGAAAGAUCGGAGCGACACAAGUAUAAGAAUGUAUUGCGCGAGCGCGGUGUUGUGGGGGUGGAACCCUCGCUCGACAUCAUACCGGACGUGGGGUCAUAUGACACUGGAGACCCCAACACUACCAACUUGUACCUCGGCAAUUUGAACCCUAAGAUAACGGAGCAGCAAUUAAUGGAGAUAUUCGGUCGCUACGGUCCCCUGGCCAGUAUAAAGAUCAUGUGGCCUCGGUCUGAUGAGGAGAAGGCCCGCGGUCGCAACUGUGGGUUCGUAGCCUUCAUGUCGCGCAAGGAUGGCGAGCGAGCGCUUAGGUGUAUCAAUGGUAAAGAAAUAAUGAACUACGAGAUGAAGCUAGGUUGGGGCAAGGCGGUGGUGAUCCCCCCCGUGCCAAUAUACAUCCCGCCAGCUCUCCAGCAGCCCAGCAAGCCGCCGCCGCCUUCCGGACUACCAUUCAACGCACAACCACCCAAACAUCUCUUGAAUAAGAUACCUAGAGUGCGACAGGGCGAGUAUUAUCCAAGCGACCCAGAUGAUAGGAAAGCUUAUGAACAGAUUUUAUCACAGUCAAUAGUCAAAGUAGUUGUUCCUACGGAAAGAAACAUACUGAUGCUAAUCCAUCGUAUGGUGGAGUUUGUGAUCCGCGAAGGUCCGAUGUUCGAGGCCAUUAUAAUGAAUAAAGAAAUAAACAACCCAUUCUUCCGGUUCCUGUUCGAGAACCAGUCGCCCGCGCAUAUCUACUACAGGUGGAAGCUGUUCUCUAUGCUGCAGGGAGACUCGCCCAAACAAUGGUCGCUUGAAGACUUUAGGAUGUUUAAAGGAGGGUCAGUAUGGCGGCCGCCCGUGAUGAAUCUGUACACUGCGGGCAUGCCUGACGAACUGGUCGAGGAGGACGAGGCCAAGGAGAACAUACGAGGGACUCUAUCUAACAACCAGCGCGACAGACUGGAGGAGUUGAUCCGCGGGCUGUCGCCGUCGCGCGCGAGCGUGGGCGCGGCCAUGGCGUGGUGCCUGGAGCACGCGGAGGCGGCGGGCGAGGUGGCGCGCGUGCUGGGCGAGGCGCUGGGCGGCGCGCGCACCGCGCCCGCCAAGCGGGUCGCGCGCCUCUAUCUGCUCUCCGACAUACUGCACAACGCCGGCGCCAAGCUCACCAACGCCAGCGCUUAUCGUAGCGCGUUCCAACAGCGUUUAACAGAGAUAAUGCGCAACUGUCACUUGGCGUGGACACGUAUGACGUCACGCCUGCAGCAGGAAGGGUUCCGUGCGAGAGUGACGCGCAUACUGCAGGCCUGGGCUGACUGGGCUGUGUACCCUACUGACUUCCUCCUGCAUAUUAAUGAUGUCUUUUUAGGACAGGAUAAGGAAACAGACAUAGUCCCUGGCAUGGGCAAUGAGCAGGAAGAAGGCGCGGGCUCGGAGGAGGGCGCGUCCCCCGCGCGGUCGUCUGCGUCGGAGGAGUCGUGGGACACUCCGGCGGGCGGGCCGCUGGACGGCGCCGCGCUGCGCCGCCUGGCCGCCGAGCGGGCCGCCGCCGCGCCCGCACUCGCGCCGCGGCACCUCGCGCGGCACCACGCCACGCAACUCAACGACGAUAUCGACGGAGUUCCCGUGGACGAGGACAUAGACGGAGUUCCACUGGAGUCCGACGUGAGUCGCUCGCGAGCUGGCGGGACGUUCGUCCCCUCGCGGUGGGAGACCGUCGACACUGACACACACGACGACACUACUGCCAGGGACGCGGACACUAGGGGGCCUCAUAGCGACGACGAUACACAGGCACCCACUACACCCGUGUCGCAGCAACAACAUGACAGCGAGGAGCAGGCUCUGAAGCGUGAGACUCUCCGUGAGAUCGAGGUCCGAGUAUUGAAGUACGCGGACGAGCUCGAGGCAGGCGUCCGGGGACGGAGACCUGGACUCACUGCUGCACAGCAGAUACAGCAUUACAGGAGGAAACUUAUCAAGAAGGCGUCGAGAGAAGCUAAAGAGUCAGUGGAGGAAGUGAGAGAGUCACCAGAACCGAGGCGGAGGUCACCCGUCGAGGACGACACAUACUCCACAAAAACCCAACAUGCUUUGCCUGACUCGGGGCUCACACCCAAGACCUCAAGAUCCGCAGCCACGCUCGCUUCGGAGAGGACAUCGUCUAAGAAAUCUAAGAAGUCCCGCGAGCCUUCAUUGUCGCCUCCGCCCAAACGAUCACGAUACAGUGAACGCAAGUCAAGAUCACGUUCAAGAUCUCGCGACCGGGACAGGGAUCGCGACCGUUCUCGAGAGAGGGAGCGUGACAGAGAUAGGGAACGAGAACGGGACAGAGAUAGAGAUAGGCGGCGCCGCUCCCCGGCCACGCCCCCCUCGCAUCACCACCGCAAACAUAGCAAGCAUACAAAGUAUAAGUACUAA